GGGCUCAGGAGCGGAUAAGGAGGGAUGUGCGCGCACCUGGCCCACACCCACGCACCGGGCCACCGGGCGCACACCGCUAAGCCCGCCCGCCCGCUGCCCCGCACGGCCGUGUAGUGGCCGCCGCCGCCGCCGCUGCUGCAGGUCCGCAGGUCCGCAGGUCCGCUCCCGCUCUCCAUGGCCGCCCAGGCCCGGUCCGAGGCCCAGGCCGGCCGGCCCCGGGGGAUGAGCCCCGAGCUCGGCGCGCUAUUAGUUCCAUCUACCGAGCAACCCGACCCGCCGCCAGGGAGGCGAUUAGGCAGCUCAGAUGGCACCCGGCGAAUGUUGGGCCUCCUCGUCGCCCUCGUCCUGGCGCUGGCCCAGCUCGCGCCCUCGGACGCCAAGCCAGCGCACGCCGUGCAGAUGGACGCCAUCGACACGUGCCUCUUCACCUGCGACGCGUGCUACAAGGGAGAGGCUCUGCUGGCCUGCGCAAACACCUGUCUCCAGGUCGACGGUCAAAUGAUGGGGACGGCAUGGCAGCAAACUUGUCCCUACUUCAGGAAGAAGCCUUUAUUCAUGGAUAUCUUUUAGUCUGAUCCCACCAUCAAUUUCUCUUUUUCUUCCCACUGUACAAGUCUGUUUAGAGGCACAGUCCAGAUAUGUUCUUCAUAUUUUCUUCUUGCCAGGUCUUUCAUGGUUGCCUUCAGAAACUGUGUAGAUAAAUAUAAUUAGAAAUAGUUCUAAAGGCAACAAGCAAAAGUUUGCAAUCUACCGUAGAUACUUUCACCAAGUUUUGUUGUUGAUUACAUGAACAGAAAUAAAAUAAAUAAACAUUGAAAGAUCUGUACUGUAAAUUUGUAUUUAAAGAUUAGUUUUAGAAAAUGACUUUGUAUAAUUUUAUUCAGACAUAUAGUGUUUCACUUCCAACUCAGCAAAGUCUACUUAAAAAAAAUUUGUCUUAAUAUUUGGUCUACAAAAAAUACUUCUGGUUUAAAAUCCUGGGUCCCAAUCAACUUUCUUUUGUACUUGUAAUGGUUUGUAGCAAACAAUAAUAUCUCCUAACUGAACUGGAA